CGUUUAUGAAGUCCGCUAGUUUUAUUUAGUAAUCUAGUGCUGGAAGAACUAGUUUUUGUUUAGUAUUCCUAGUUUUAGGCUUUUUAAUUAAAUGGGCGGAUAAUACGAUUUAUCAAUAUGCAUAUUAGACUCUAAGGCCUUAGAACUCGUAAGAAAUCAACUGUUAUUAAAGCCACUUCAUUCAUUAUUCACUACCAAACCAAGUUUUAGUAAUUUGAAGAAAAAUGAAACAAUGUUCUAAUUUAUUUCCUAAUAAAGAAGCUUUUAUUAUUUUUGCCCUAUACAUCAUUCUCUUUGUGUUUCAAGGUGUGUUUGUAACUGCAUCAAAAACAGAAAAUGGCGACUAUGACUACAAUACGACACUCGUGGUUUUCCUAUCAGAACUACUUAAACUGUUUGCAUCGGCAUUCUUAUACACGUACAAGAGAGACGUUUGUAGAAAAAGCAAUAAACCUUACGUGGUUUAUAUAAAUAAACCACAUCUGUUCAAGGCUAUUGUUAUGAACUAUGAGCUCCUGUUGAUGUACUUCAUCCCAUCACUGUUGUACUGCUUUUACAACAAUUUGGCGUUUAUAAACCUGUCCCACUAUGACCCCACUUCGUACUACAUUCUAUUGCAAUUCCGAGUGGUACUGACAGCUUUACUCUUUCAGUUCUUGUUCAAGAAGAAACUGGCUUUUAUGCAGUGGAUAUCACUGGGAAUACUGACACUUGGAUGCAUGAUUAAAAAUUUCGACGCCGCAUCAAUACAAUCGAAAGACGAGACCGAUCUUUGGUCACAAUUAUUCAAUAUUUAUUUCUUAUCUAUAAAUUUCCAAAAUUUCUGUUCUUGUCUGGCUGGUACAUACAAUGAAUAUUUGUUGAAAACGAAAGGUUCUAAUGUUGAUAUAUUCUUACAAAAUGUGUUCAUGUAUCUGGACUCUGUCCUCUGUAACUUCUUUAUUUUAAUGUUCAAAGGUGAAUUGGGAACAAUAUUUGAAGAUUUCAGUUCAUUAGGUAACAUUUUUGUAAUACUUAUAACCAUAAACAGUGCUGUGGUUGGCAUAGUCACAAGUUUCUUUUUGAAAAAUUUAAAUUCCAUUUUGAAAACAUACGCAAGUGCGUUAGAGUUGGUAAUAACAGCUGUAGUAUGUUACAUACUAUUUAGUAUUGUGAUAACACCGUUUACCGUGUUAUCAAUUUGUCUAGUCAGUAUCGCUGUUGCUAUGUAUUUUAAAAAUCCAGUAAGUAAUGUCACAAUGAAUUUAAGUGAUGCUAAGGAUAAAGAACCGCUUUUAGAAGUAACUUCAAAAUAAUUAAAUAAAUUAGAUCUUAAACUAAUUGUGUCAUAGUUCCUUAUGAAAUUAGAUCUUUUGUAAUAUUACAACCCUAUGAAACUAGUUAUAUCGAGUGGAGUGUAGUAAUAAAUUAUCAAUUAAUCAAGUAUAAAAUAGUUGAUUCCCCAUAUUACCAGGGAUAAGUUUUUUAAACCCAACAUAUCAGAGCUAAGCUAUCAGAUAUCCAGAUACACGUAUUUGUACUGAAUGAUUUCAUAAAAUUAAAUAUGUCGCAAAUUGAAGCUCAGUUUUUAUUAUAUACGAUAGUACACAAUUUAAACAGUAUUAUGUACGAGUUUUUAUUUUAAUAACAAAUUCUAUUGUAAAUAUAAUUUGCAUACUUACAUUGGUAAGUUACCACUUAUCAAAUUUUAAGUGCUCCUAUAAAAUAACAAUCGAUGUAACUCGUAGGAAUUGAUGCAUAUUAGAUUUUAUAAUAAUUAUGUAUACCUACUAUAAAAUUUUAAAAUUUUUAACUUGUAAUAUUGAGCAUGUAAGUUUGAAUGCCCCACGUUGCGAACGACAAUUUUGGAUGAAGUAACACAUUGACUACUUAUAGAAAUAAUUAUUAUUUAUCAUUUAAUUGUAACCAUAAUUUUUCCUACGCCCAUAAAUUUUACUUUUCUGCUUAUGUUAUACCUCAACUCAUUUUUAUUAAAUCCGUUUGUAAACGAUGAUCUUGUUGUAUGUGUAGGUAUGAUAAAAUAUCAUAAAAUAAAUUAUCGCAUCAACAGUCAAUACUCGAAAAUAGCUCUCUACAUGAGUAUGUUCUCGUUUGAAAGUUUCUUGAAAUACAUAGAUCUAUUUUUUCUAAAAUGUAAACGAAAUUAAAAUUUUUGGGCUAGAUUGAAUUUUUUACCGUAAGCGGUAGCAUGCAUUCUGAGUAGAUGGCUAACGCUAAUUACAGCUAUAUCUGUAACGAUUUUGUAAGGACGAAGACGCGACGUCUAGACGAUAAAUUAUUCUACCACGUACAGUGCCGCUACUGCUUUACCGGUACAUAAUUAUUUGUAUAUCUUAUGAGGAAUAUAUCUCACUAGAUCAUGAUGUAUAACAUCAGUUAAGUACUCUAAACUUGACAGAUUUGUCUCAUUCUUAGAUAAAAAUUAAGUUCGUCAUCUUAGAUUAUACUUAUCAAAAUAGUUCAAAGUGCAACCAAAGUUAUUAUAGAUACAGAUACAUUAUGACAGCCUACCCUUAUCACAAUACUCUAGGACUCUUACUUCUUAGCACUAAUUUUGUGCAAGACUGGCCAAAUUAAAAUUUAUUGUACUAAACGCUCUUUUUUAUAUCGCAUUGGAAAUCCUCAUGGCCUGUCUACGUCUUGAAUACGACGGGGUGUAUGACUCUUACCGGCUAAAACCACGGUGUUCUUCCUCUGCCUAUCAUUAUGGACUUACCGUACGCGGCAGGCCUCGACCCACCGCUGUAUUUCCGCGGCAGGUCUGCCACGUUAGGUACUAAACGCGCUGGCUACUGAUAUCUACAUAAUUAUAAAUCAUAUAAAACAAUAUCCAUGGGAUACACAACUAUUUCAAUUUUGUUAUAUCAUCAUUCUAUCUCUAU